AUGAAAAGAUUACGAGCCGUCAGAUGUAGAUGGAGCAGAAUGCAUGAAGAGAAGAUGUGUAGAGUACGGUGGCAAUACCACCCUAACCACUCGAAAUCGAACAGGAACGAACAUGGAAAGAAAGAGAUUCGAUCCGAAGGUUCAAAGGAAGCUACCAGAGCUUGCAGGGAAAGAACCAACGCUUAUCGUAAGAUGAAAUGUGUUCCAGACAUACAUUUGACAUUGAGGGGUCAAGCUGGUCAAAGAGCUCUCUGGUCCCCUACUCCCAACGCUGGCAACUUGGACAAGCUCCCCAUUCUCUUGUGCAACUUUGAGCACCUCCAAAAGGUCAGGAGAAAGAGAGAAGCUUCGGACAAGUUUCCAUUGUCGCCCCGUCUGACUUCACCUUGUCACCUGCCAACUAUCACAAUCUUUUCCCCUCCGUCUGAAUCCUAA